GAGGGGAACCAGGCUUGCUAGAGAGGCAGGAAAUGUCCAAACUUUGGGUAGAUAGAAAAGGACUUGGUUAAAAAAAAAAAAGGAGGCGGUUCCUUUAAGAAAGGAAAAAGGAGGAGGUCUCCUUUAAGAGAGAACAUCCCAAGCCAGAUCCCAGCUUCAGUCUGGAAGAAGGACCCAGGAAUGCCUUUGGACAGGGCUCCAUGGAAGGUCAAGUGCAUGAGGAUGAAAACUGUGGGAAGCUAAGUGUGGCACCGUGGGAAAUGACUCCAUGUGUCAUGGGAAAAGAGGAAUUCGGGAGUCAGAAAGGACUGGAAAGACGAGGAAAGAACGAGGAGAAGAAGGACAACUCGGCGGCCCCUCACGGAGAAGCCCUGGCCAAAGAGUCCAGCCAGGUGACGUGCCCGAUCUGCGGGAGAGUGUGCAAAUGCAAAGCCCAGUUCGAGAUCCACUUCCGCGUCCACACGGGGGAGAAGCCCUACGGAUGCAACGAAUGCGGGAAGAGCUUCAGUCGGCACGAGCGCCUCCACUCGCACCGCCGGACCCACACCGGGGAGAAGCCGUUCCGGUGCGCGGAGUGCGGGAAGGGCUUCGUCGACAGCGGGGCGUGCGUCAAGCACCAGCGGACCCACACGGGGGAGAAGCCCUACAAGUGCGAGGAGUGCGGGAAGAGCUUCGGUCGGCACGAGCGCCUCCACUUGCACCGGCGGGUCCACACCGGGGAGAAGCCGUACCGAUGCGCCGAGUGCGGGAAGGGCUUCGUCGACAGCGGGGCGUGCGCUCGGCAUGAAAGAACGCACGCGGGGGAGAAACCGUACACUUGCGGAGACUGCGGGAAGAGUUUCGGCGACAGCGGGGCCUAUACGAGACAUCAGCGGACCCACACGGGGGAGAAGCCGUACACGUGCAAGGACUGCGGGAAAGGCUUCGGCGACAGCGGAGCGUGCGUUCGGCAUCAAAGGACCCACACGGGGGAGAAGCCGUACACGUGCGCUGAAUGCGGGAAGAGUUUCGGUGACAGCGGAGCGUGCGCGAACCACCAACGGACCCACACCGGCGUGAAGCCGUACCAGUGCACCGAGUGCGGAAAGAGCUUCAGCCAGCGUGGAAAUCUGCAAUCACACCAAAGAACCCACACAGGAGAGAAACCGUAUAAGUGUACUGAGUGCGGGAAGAGCUUCCGCGACAGUGCGGCAUGCCAUAAACACCAGAGAACGCACACUGGGGAGAAGCCGUACAAGUGUGCGCAGUGUGGGAAGAGCUUCAGUCGGCACGAUCAUCUCCACUCGCACCAGAGGGCUCACGCAGAAGCGGAAGCCUACCAUUGUAUGGAAUGCGGGAAGAGCUUCCACACUUUCGGGAAUGCGACACCACCCCAAGAAAGCCCCAAAGAGGAGGAGGAGCAGUUUGGCUUUACAUAGAAGAACCCACACAUUGGCCAAAACCGUAUCAACAUGCAGAAUGUGGAAAGAGCUUUCCUGAGACUCUAUGUCAAAGAACCCAUGAGAAGCAGAAACCAUAGAAAGGCAUGGAAUAUGGAAAGUGAAAGGAACUUAACCAUUGUUAUGUGCCUUCACAUCAUCUCUGUCAUGAAUAUUUUUUUAACAUUAAAAAGGUUCUUUUCUUUCGUUUUCAGUGAGACAAAAUAUUAGGCACUUUAAUACGAGGGUUGAAUAAAAAGUAAUGCCUCCACCGUCGUAACUCCUCAACAGAUGUCAGUCCUGGUCUGCGGCAGGUCCUGGCUUGUUCAGUAGACUCUCCUCUACAGUUAGCUCCAUUUGGCGGGAAGCCUUAGCAUUGAACGGUUGUGUUGUUAAAGUGCGAAGUAUGGAACCCUGCGCAGACAGUUCCAUUUGGAGGGAAGCCUUAGCAUUGAACGGUUGUGUUGUUAAAGUGCGAAGUAUAGAACCCUGCGCAGACAGUUCCAUUUGGAGGGAAGCCUUAGCAGUGAACGGUUGUGUUGUUAAAGUGCGAAGUAUGGAACCCUGCGCAGACAGUUCCAUUUGGAGGGAAGCCUUAGCAUUGAACGGUUGUGUUGUUAAAGUGCGAAGUAUAGAACCCUGCGCAGACAGUUCCAUUUGGAGGGAAGCCUUAGCAGUGAACGGUUGUGUUGUUAAAGUGCGAAGUAUGGAACCCUGCGCAGACAGUUCCAUUUGGAGGGAAGCCUUAGCAUUGAACGGUUGUGUUGUUAAAGUGCGAAGUAUAGAACCCUGCGCAGACAGUUCCAUUUGGAGGGAAGCCUUAGCAGUGAACGGUUGUGUUGUUAAAGUGCGAAGUAUGGAACCCUGCGCAGACAGUUCCAUUUGGAGGGAAGCCUUAGCAUUGAACAGUUGUGUUGUUAAAGUGCGAAGUAUGGAACCCUGCGCAGACAGUUCCAUCUGCCGGGAAGCCUGAGCAUUGAACGGUUGUGUUGUUAAAGUGCGAAGUAUAGAACCCUGCGCAGACAGUUCCAUUUGGAGGGAAGCCUUAGCAUUGAACGGUUGUGUUGUUAAAGUGCGAAGUAUGAAACCCUGCGCAGACAGUUCCAUUUGGAGGGAAGCCUUAGCAUUGAACGGUUGUGUUGUUAAAGUGCGAAGUAUGAAACCCUGCGCAGACAGUUCCAUUUGGAGGGAAGCCUUAGCAUUGAACGGUUGUGUUGUUAAAGUGCGAAGUAUAGAACCGUGCGCAGACAGUUCCAUUUGGAGGGAAGCCUUAGCAUUGAACGGUUGUGUUGUUAAAGUGCGAAGUAUGAAACCCUGCGCAGACAGUUCCAUUUGGAGGGAAGCCUUAGCAUUGAACGGUUGUGUUGUUAAAGUGCGAAGUAUGGAACCCUGCGCAGACAGUUCCAUUUGGAGGGAAGCCUUAGCAUUGAACAGUUGUGUUGUUAAAGUGCGAAGUAUGGAACCCUGCGCAGACAGUUCCAUUUGGAGGGAAGCCUUAGCAUUGAACGGUUGUGUUGUUAAAGUGCGAAGUAUGGAACUCUGCGCAGACAGUUCCAUCUGGUGGGAAGCCUGAGCAUUGAAUGGUUGUGUUGUUAAAGUGCUAAGUAUGAAACCCUGCGCAGACAGUUCCAUUUGGAGGGAAGCCUUAGCAUUGAACGGUUGUGUUGUUAAAGUGCGAAGUAUGAAACCCUGCGCAGACAGUUCCAUUUGGAGGGAAGCCUUAGCAUUGAACGGUUGUGUUGUUAAAGUGCGAAGUAUGGAACCCUGCGCAGACAGUUCCAUCUGCCGGGAAGCCUGAGCAUUGAAUGGUUGUGUUGUUAAAGUGCGAAGUAUGGAACCCUGCGCAGACAGUUCCAUUUGGAGGGAAGCCUUAGCAUUGAACGGUUGUGUUGUUAAAGUGCGAAGUAUGGAACCCUGCGCAGACAGUUCCAUCUGCCGGGAAGCCUGAGCAUUGAAUGGUUGUGUUGUUAAAGUGCGAAGUAUGGAACCCUGCGCAGACAGUUCCAUUUGGAGGGAAGCCUUAGCAUUGAACGGUUGUGUUGUUAAAGUGCGAAGUAUGGAACCCUGCGCAGACAGUUCCAUCUGCCGGGAAGCCUGAGCAUUGAAUGGUUGUGUUGUUAAAGUGCGAAGUAUGGAACCCUGCGCAGACAGUUCCAUUUGGAGGGAAGCCUUAGCAUUGAACGGUUGUGUUGUUAAAGUGCGAAGUAUGGAACCCUGCGCAGACAGUUCCAUUUGGAGGGAAGCCUUAGCAUUGAACGGUUGUGUUGUUAAAGUGCGAAGUAUGGAACCCUGCGCAGACAGUUCCAUCUGCCGGGAAGCCUGAGCAUUGAAUGGUUGUGUUGUUAAAGUGCGAAGUAUGGAACCCUGCGCAGACAGUUCCAUUUGGAGGGAAGCCUUAGCAUUGAACAGUUGUGUUGUUAAAGUGCGAAGUAUGGAACCCUGCGCAGACAGUUCCAUUUGGAGGGAAGCCUUAGCAUUGAACAGUUGUGUUGUUAAAGUGCGAAGUAUGGAACCCUGCGCAGACAGUUCCAUUUGGAGGGAAGCCUUAGCAUUGAACGGUUGUGUUGUUAAAGUGCGAAGUAUGAAACCCUGCGCAGACAGUUCCAUUUGGAGGGAAGCCUUAGCAUUGAACGGUUGUGUUGUUAAAGUGCGAAGUAUGGAACCCUGCGCAGACAGUUCCAUCUGCCGGGAAGCCUGAGCAUUGAAUGGUUGUGUUGUUAAAGUGCGAAGUAUGGAACCCUGCGCAGACAGUUCCAUUUGGAGGGAAGCCUUAGCAUUGAACGGUUGUGUUGUUAAAGUGCGAAGUAUGGAACCCUGCGCAGACAGUUCCAUCUGCCGGGAAGCCUGAGCAUUGAAUGGUUGUGUUGUUAAAGUGCGAAGUAUGGAACCCUGCGCAGACAGUUCCAUUUGGAGGGAAGCCUUAGCAUUGAACGGUUGUGUUGUUAAAGUGCGAAGUAUGGAACCCUGCGCAGACAGUUCCAUCUGCCGGGAAGCCUGAGCAUUGAAUGGUUGUGUUGUUAAAGUGCGAAGUAUGGAACCCUGCGCAGACAGUUCCAUUUGGAGGGAAGCCUUAGCAUUGAACGGUUGUGUUGUUAAAGUGCGAAGUAUGGAACCCUGCGCAGACAGUUCCAUUUGGAGGGAAGCCUUAGCAUUGAACGGUUGUGUUGUUAAAGUGCGAAGUAUGGAACCCUGCGCAGACAGUUCCAUCUGCCGGGAAGCCUGAGCAUUGAAUGGUUGUGUUGUUAAAGUGCGAAGUAUGGAACCCUGCGCAGACAGUUCCAUUUGGAGGGAAGCCUUAGCAUUGAACGGUUGUGUUGUUAAAGUGCGAAGUAUGGAACCCUGCGCAGACAGUUCCAUCUGCCGGGAAGCCUUAGCAUUGAACGGUUGUGUUGUUAAAGUGCGAAGUAUAGAACCCUGCGCAGACAGUUCCAUUUGGAGGGAAGCCUUAGCAUUGAACGGUUGUGUUGUUAAAGUGCGAAGUAUGAAACCCUGAGCAGACAGUUCCAUUUGGAGGGAAGCCUUAGCAUUGAACGGUUGUGUUGUUAAAGUGCGAAGUAUGAAACCCUGCGCAGACAGUUCCAUUUGGAGGGAAGCCUUAGCAUUGAACGGUUGUGUUGUUAAAGUGCGAAGUAUGGAACCCUGCGCAGACAGUUCCAUUUGGAGGGAAGCCUUAGCAUUGAACGGUUGUGUUGUUAAAGUGCGAAGUAUGGAACCCUGCGCAGACAGUUCCAUCUGCCGGGAAGCCUGAGCAUUGAACGGUUGUGUUGUUAAAGUGCGAAGUAUGGAACCCUGCGCAGACAGUUCCAUUUGGAGGGAAGCCUUAGCAUUGAACGGUUGUGUUGUUAAAGUGCGAAGUAUGAAACCCUGCGCAGACAGUUCCAUCUGGCGGGAAGCCUGAGCAUUGAAUGGUUGUGUUGUUAAAGUGCGAAGUAUAGAACCCUGCGCAGACAGUUCCAUUUGGAGGGAAGCCUUAGCAUUGAACGGUUGUGUUGUUAAAGUGCGAAGUAUAGAACCCUGCGCAGACAGUUCCAUUUGGAGGGAAGCCUUAGCAUUGAACGGUUGUGUUGUUAAAGUGCGAAGUAUGGAACCCUGCGCAGACAGUUCCAUUUGGAGGGAAGCCUUAGCAUUGAACGGUUGUGUUGUUAAAGUGCGAAGUAUGGAACCCUGCGCAGACAGUUCCAUCUGCCGGGAAGCCUGAGCAUUGAAUGGUUGUGUUGUUAAAGUGCUAAGUAUGGAACCCUGCGCAGACAGUUCCAUUUGGAGGGAAGCCUUAGCAUUGAACGGUUGUGUUGUUAAAGUGCGAAGUAUGGAACCCUGCGCAGACAGUCGGUCAAUGUGACUUAAGCAACGUGCAGUCAUUGAAUUCCUGACAGCAGAAGGUGUCACCCCAAAGGAGAUUCAUCAGAGAAUGCAAGCUGUUUAUGGGGAUUGUGUUGAUGUGAGUCCUGUGCAUCGCUGGGCGAGUAAGUUUAAAGAUUUUGAGGUGGGAACAUAAAUAGUUUAUUUAUAUUUAUUUAUUUAUUAUUCAAACUUAUAUGCCGCCACUCCCCUAGGGCUCGGGGUGGCUUACAAAAACAGGCUAAAAUCUAAAACAACUUAAAAAUAACAGUAAUGGAAAUCAAUAGCCUGCCGAAACAGGUGUGUCUUACAAGCUGGACGUCCUGUGACUGCAACCACCGAGUUUCACAAGCAAAAGGUUGACAGAUUGAUUCAGGACAAUCAUCGUAUCCCUCAGAGAGAAAUUUCAAGCAUCAUCAGCAUUUCACAUGAAUGUGUGGAUCACGUGAUUUCUUUACUUGGUUAUUGGAAGAUCUGUGCACGAUGGGUCCUGUGAGACGCUGGUUGCGGAAACAGAGUGUUGACUUCUUCCGUGACAGCUUCAGAAAACUUGUUCAUCGUUGGCAGAAAUGUAUCCAGUUGUCUGGUGAUGAUGUGGAAGAGUGAAUACUGGUACAGUAGAGUCUCACUUAUCCAACAUUCGCUUAUCCAACGUUCUGGAUUAUCCAACACAUUUUUCUAGUCAAUGUUUUCAAUACAUGAUAUUUUGAUGCUAAAUUCAUAAAUACAGUAAUUACUACAUAGCAUUAUUGCCUAUUGAACUACUUUUUCUGUCAAAUUUGUUGUCUAACAUGAUGUUUUGGUGCUUAAUUUGUAAAAUCAUAACCUAAUUUGAUGUUUAAUAGGCUUCCCCUUAAUCUCUCCUUGUUAUCCAACAUGUUCGCUUAUCCAACAUUCUGCCGGCCCGUUUAUGUUGGAUAAGUGAGACUCUACUGUAGUUAAAGAGAUCAGGAUUAUUUCUGCAUUUGAUUUAUUAAAAUAUUCCCAUCUCAACCCAAGUAACGAAGGUGGAGGCAUUACUUUCCAUUCAACCCUCAUAAUAAUAAUAAUAAUAAUAAUAAUAAUAAUAAUAAUAAUAAUAAUAAUAAUAUAUUUAUAUUCCGCCCUAUCUCCCGGAGGGGACUCAAGGCGGAUUCCAACAAACAAAAAAGGCAAACAUUGAAUGUCUGAGUGCAACAAUUGCUGCCGACUCUAAGGCCGCUCUGAGUCCCCUUCAGUGUGAGAAGGGAGGGAUAUAAAUACAGUAAAUAAAUAAACAACAGAUACAAACAUAAUAGCCCAAAAUAACUCCACUUAUUUAUUUAUUUAUUUAUUUUUCAAACUUCUAUGCCGCCACUCCCCUAGGGCUCGGAGCGGCUUACAAGACAAGCGGCUUAUGACAGCAAGUUAUAGCAUGACAUCUAUGAAUUAAAUCAAAUGUAACUUUGCAAAACAUUAUAUCAAAUGUAAGGGAGAGAAAACACACAACCCAGUGUUUCCAGCCAUGAAAGCCUUCAACAACACAUGGAAUAGAUCUAACAUUCCAUCAUCCAAGGCAUUUAAAAAGAUAUUGAAAAAAAAUCAAUGCUAUAUAUUUUCCGUGGAAUAUAAUCCCAUGUGUAUAUAUCCAUAUAUAUGUUUUUACCCAUAUCUGUUUUUUUUGCUGUUGUACUGAAAUCCGUCUUAUUAGCCGAACUAAAUAUAAGGUAUGAGCUUGUAGUUAUUCUAUCGGCAAAACCUAAGGCUCAAAAAAUAUACUACCAAAUAAGUUCAUUGCUAAGCUUCCUUCUGUUGUUGUUGUUGUUACUAUUAUUAUUAUUAUUGACACAACGACGUUGUAUGACACAGCAAACAAGACAGAUAUGCUGGAUUUCGUUUCACAAAACCACAAGUCAAACACUUCCCAAGUGUCUAGGACUGUGUGAUGUAUUUUCGGAUGAUGCGUGCAGAUCCCAGCAGGGUGGCCUUUUGCAGUUGGCAGAUCGUAAUUUUGUCAAUGUCUAUUGUUUCCAAAUGCCGGCUGAGAUCUUUUGGCACGGCACCCAAUGUGCCCAUCACCACCGGGACCACCUGCACUGGUUUCUGCCGGAGUCUUUGAAGUUCAAUCUUGAGGUCCUGAGAGCGGCUGAGUUUUUCCUGUUGUUUUUCUUCAAUGCGACUGUCACCUGGGAUGGCAACAUCAAUGAUCCAAACCUUUUUCUUUUCCACAACUGUGAUGUCUGGUGUGUUGUGUUCCAGAACUUUGUCAGUCUGGAUUCGGAAGUCCCACAGUAUCUUUGCGUGUUCAUUUUCCACAACCUUUGCAGGUUUGUGAUCCCACCAGUUCUUAACUGCAGGGAGGUGAUACUUGAGGCAUAGGUUCCAAUGAAUCAUUUGGGCCACAUAGUUGUGCCUCUGUUUGUAGUCUGUCUGUGCAAUUUUCUUACAGCAGCUGAGGAGAUGAUCCAUGGUUUCAUCGGUUUCCUUGCACAGUCUGCAUUUUGGGUCAUCAGCUGAUUUUUCGAUCUUGGCCUGAAUUGCCUCUGUUCUGAUGUCUUGCUCCUGAGCUGCAAGGAUCAGGCCUUCUGUCUCCUUCUUCAGGGUCCCAUUCGUGAGCCAGAGCCAGGUCUUCUAUUAUUAUUAUUAUUAUUAUUAUUAUUAUUAUUAUUAUUAUUUAUUGCCUUUGUCCUGAUGUCUUGCUCCUGGGCUGCAAGGAUCAGGCCUUCUGUCUCUUUCUUCAGGGUCCCAUUCGUGAGCCAGAGCCAGGUCUUCUAUUAUUAUUAUUAUUAUUAUUAUUAUUAUUAUUAUUAUUAUUAUUAUUAAUUGCCUUUGUCCUGAUGGCUUGCUCCUGGGCUGCAAGGAUCAGGCCUUCUGUCUCCUUCUUCAGGGUCCCAUUCGUGAGCCACAGCCAGGUCUUCUAUUAUUAUUAUUAUUAUUAUCAUUAUUAUUAUUAUUAUUAUUAUUAUUAAUGGCCUUUGUUCUGAUGUCUUGCUCCUGGGCUGCAAGGAUCAGGCCUUCUGUCUCCUUCUUCAGGGUCCCAUUCGUGAGCCAGAGCCAGGUCUUCUCCUGAUCAGCUUUUCCUUCAAUUUUGUCAAGGAACUUUCCAUGCAGUGUUUUGUUGUGCCAGCUGUCAGCUCUAGUUUGUAGUGCGGUUUUCUUGUACUGGUUUUUUGUCUGCUGUGCUUUGAGGAGUUUCUGAUUUUUGACUUCAAUCAAAGCAGGUUCUUCACUUUGUUUUACAUAUUCUGCCAGGGCAUGUUCUUCUUCUUUGACUGCUUGUUUUACUUGCAAGAUAUACAACAAGAUGAGUACAGAGCAAACAAGAUCUCUAUGCUGGCUGUUGUAUUGGAUCACACGUUGGACACUUCCCAAGUGUCUAGGACUAUGUGAUGUAUUGGCAAAUAAUGCAUGUUGGAGCAUGCAACAUCAGUUGGUGAGUGUGUUAACCGAAAAUGCAAAGCACGAAGCUGAUUGGUUGGGCUACACCCAGGGAGCUAACGGAGCCUGGGAGUUUUGGCCGCAGUUACAUAAUAGUUUCCUGGGCAGGAGCUUACCAGGAGAGGUCUGCUUCUGGGCUGCUAAAAGGAGACGUUUUACAUGGACACCCAAGGACUAUUUGAAUCUUUCUCUCAAAGGACAUUGUGUGGAUCACUGCAACUGUGUUAUAGGUUGUGGAUAUAAAUAAAUAGAAGCUUUGCCACAGUUUCUGAACCAAAAUAUACCCUGCAGUAUAAUAAAAUGUCACUCAGA